GCAACACAAGCAGCUGGCGACGCUGUCAGGAAAAGUUGGAAUUAAUUUGUAGUUUUUAACUAAUUAUAUUUUUGCUUUGAUAACUGUAAGACUGUUUUUGCGGGCUGUGUUCUUUUUGAUGUAUGUGAGUAGAAAUGCCUCCAAAAGCAGCUAAAAAGGGCUCAGCAAAGAAGACUAACGCAGCUGGAGCCGCAGUUGUCAACAAGAACUGGGAGACUGGUCUCACUAAAGCACAGUUUGAAGAGGACUCUUGGCAGGCCUGUGUGUCUUUGGUGGUUGGGAAAAGUCAAGAAGAUGAGGAGCUGGUCCAGGCUCUGGUUUUGGCCGUGCAGCAACCUCAACGCAAACUUUUCGGCCUGUUGACCUGGGACAGCACCCUUAGAAAGAUCCAUGAAUUGGGGAAUCCCAAAGCAAAAAAACCUGAUGAUGUCCCCAUGUUCUAUGAGGUUAUGGAGCCUGCUAAGGUGCUGCUGGAUGCAGGAGAGGAGAUUCCCUGUGACCUGAUGUCAAAAAUAUUGAAGUUCCAGCUGCUUCAGAUCAAAGCCAAUGAUCAGCAGAGGAGGGAAUCCGAGCAGGAUGUGGAAAAGAAGGCAAAGGCCGGGACUGUCUCUGCCAGCAAGGACAAAGGAGCAGCCAAGGUUUCUGACAAAAAGGGAAAGAGUCCGCCCUCACCUGAGGGACCUUCCCAGGAUAAGAAGACCAAGCUCAAACGCAGGGAUGAUGUUGAGCCGCCUAAAUUCAUUGAUGAUGAGCCUGAUGAUGGUCCUCAACACUACAUUCUGGUGCUGGGCUUCUACCAGCCCCACCUGAUUGUGGCCCUUAAUGCCAUAGGUGUAAAUGUAGCUAAUGUCAUCGAAUUGUGUUCAGAGCACAAACAAACUAGUGAAGUGCAGCAGGAACAACACACCUCUGAGGACAAUGAGCUGAGCCAGAGAACAUCUCCAGUUUUGGAUGCAGACAGUGUGGAGCAGGCUGUACGGGCCACGAGGUUGGAUCUGUUCUGGUCAGGUCUGAGACCAGUUUUGGAUAGCAUGCCACUGGACUCCAACCUCCACAAUGUGGCUCAGCUCAGCUACACUGUCCCAGAUCUCUUACCUUCCUUCCACCCACAGGACCCUGGGGCUUUGCUGCAGUUGGGAAGCCGAAUCUUUGAGGGUGUUGCCAGUCUCAUCUAUGACUGUUUGGACUGGCGCAGGCAGCAUCAGCACUACCUAGACAACAUCAAACUCUUCAGUGUACCCACUAUUGUUGGGUUGGAUUCUCAGCCCAAAGAGGUUGCGCCGACCCCUCUCCCCAUGACUCCACGCUCCAAGAAGAAGUCAGUGCGGGAGGAAAGUCCCCCAGACCAUGAGACAGAGCUGCCUCCUCUUUCUACAGAUGUGGACAUGCGUUACUAUGACAACCUACUGAACCUGGUUCCACCUGAAGCUUGCUCGGUGCCCCUUAUCUUGCACUGUAUGCUAGAGCAGGUGGUGAUUUCCACAGAACAGUCUGUCUCCACACAGUCCCAUGUGGCUGAGAAGCCCAAACCUCAUGAUGGUCCCUGGUUAGACUGUCGGCUCGUCAGCUACAUGCUGCAGAGCUUCCUGCCUCUGGUGCACACAAAAGAAGAGAGAAGCCACAUGUUAAAUAACUUGCUGACUAUAAUACAGAAUGAGGAAGACAAGAAGAGGCUAGUAGAGAAGUUUGAAGCAGAGGAGACUCAGAAGAAGUCGCAGCACCCUUUGGUUAUCAGACACCACAAUGAAAGGGCACUGCGCUUGAGGGACAUCAGUGCUGUUCAGGGUUUUGAUCCAGCAGAGGUGGAGUUGUCCAUGAUGAAGCUGUCUCCAGUGUGGGAGCUAAUCCAUUCUGCAGCUCAUCCGAGAAAGAGCUACACCUGCUGGAUGGCAGUCAAACAGCAGCUGCAACACUACUGCACAGAUGAUGCUGUGUCAUGGCCUGAGGUGGAGCGUCUGUUUCAUCAGAGUGUGUUUGAGACUAUGCCACUGACCAGGCUGGACCAAAAGGGUGUACUACUGAAUACUGCAGGACCACAGGGAUCACUGGGACAAGCACAGCAGCAGACAGCCACAAUAAUCCCCUGGGACGACCCACUAUCCUACGCUAAACAGCAGCUUCAUGACCUACGGACAAAAGGUCCUACAUUUCUUACUGAGGACCCUGGUAACACAGAGCAGUUCAGUGGGAGAGUGUGUAACCAUCUGGACCUAUCUGACAUUCAGAGUUGUAGGCUGAGAUCUCUGUUUGACUGGUAUUAUGCUGAACACCAUGAUGCUUCCAUCUUCCCACAGGUCCUCCAUUUAGCCUCAGAAGAAUAUCGCUGCUUGGACACCUUCAGAGGAAGCUGCAUCCUCUAUAUUUUUUGCCACAAUCCCAGGAGUCCCCAACGCCAGAGCAAGGAGUUCUGGGAUGUAGCCCUUCACACUGAUGUCAAGUUCAGGAAGUAUCUGGAGCAUGUUGCCGAUAUGAUUGUAGAUUGGACAAGAGAGGAGGAAUUAAAGAGAGAGGCAAUGCAACUCAGAAAUCUCAGCUGUGCUAAGUCUCCAAAAGAUGAAAAAACUACAGAUUCUGCAGUGGGGAAGGACACUUUGGAGCCGGUCAUCAGGAACGACUCCCUUAAGGCGUGGAAGUUGGAGCAGGAGCAGCUAAAGGAGGAAGAGAUGGCCAAGAAAUCAAAGAAGGAGAAUGCCCCAAAAGGCAAGCAGCCGAAGGAGGAGGCUAAGUCAACGGACAGUAAAGAAAGUAAAACUUUGUCUGGUGGCAAAAAGAGCAGAGCAGAGACAAGAGGCAACUCAGCCAAGACUCCCAGAGAGUCCAUGCCUAUCACAGUAGCCCAUGUGGAGGAAAACAAAGACCUGUAUCAGACAGAGGAGGACUUUAAUGGUUUCACCGGCUACACAAUGGAUGGGAAGUUGAUCCACGUGUCAGGUCGUCUCCAGUACCUUUUCCCUUCAGACGGAGGACACAUCACUGUGGAGAAUGUCAGCUAUGUUGAAGGUUCCAGCCUAAUGAAACUGGCUGUGAAAAAGGAUGGACAUCAUUUCUACACACACAUCAACCAAGUUGUUAUUGAUCCAGCAAAGCCUCCCCCUCAGCCCCACGGCAAAGAAACCAAUGACAAAAAGGAAGACUGUAAAGUGUCAGAGCCUGUGGAGAAGAAAAGAGUGAAGCAGGGCUCCCUGUCAGCAGUGCUAAACAAUGGAAUUCACCUUUCAUACAGUUUCUAUGGUCCCACAGGAGAAUAUAUAGUGAGUCCUCAGAAAGCAGAAGAGGGUAUCACAGAGGCCUCCACCCUUGUCCCCAUUCCUCUCUCCUCCUCCACCCAGCGCUCUAAAGCAGACCUGGAUUCACUUCCCUCCAAUACACACACCCCAUCCAGCCAGAACAGACCUCAAGAGUUGCAGUCUAAGGUGUGUGAAGGCCAGCCAACAAUGACAGCAAGUCCAUUCAACAGUCUCAACCUGUCUGUUCCUAAUGGCCUGCUGCUGCAGUUUCUGAGAGAGGAUACUCAAGGAAUGUUCCCCAAGGAGCAGGGUAUGCUGGUGAGACAGAGCUUUCCUCUCCAUGGUAGGGGGGAGCUGAGGCAGCUUCAGGACCCCGCCCUCUCCAAAGAACUGUCCCGCAAUGUCACCAGCCAGGGAACUGUGAUCCGUUACAUGAGAGACGGGUCCACUGAGGUGCUGUUUGCAGAUGGCUCAGUCAGUUUCAGCCAAGAUGGUGGUCCAGUGUGGGUGCCUGACUCUGAGGUUGAGGAGGAAAACAUUCCCGACGAAGCUGAGGACAACAAGAAAGAACAGAGCUCAGAGGAGGAGGUUGAUGCUCGGAGAGGGUGUUGGUUAACUACGACUCCCUCUGGAGAACGCAUCUGCACUGUGGGAACUACACACAAACACAUACCCACUGCCCCUCUUAAUGCCUUCAAGGCUACAGACCCCAUCACCCGUCAGGUGAUGCUGAGAAGGGAGGAUCUGGUGGUUUCUGUCCAGAACCCAGAUGGAUCUCUGAGUGUGGAGCAUGCAGAUGGAACCAGGAUUACCAGUCUCUACCAAGACAGACCACCAAACACAGGGGAGCAGCCUGAGAGUGUGACUCUUAAAGCCACUUCUGAAUGUGUAUGUGGCUGCAUUGAAUGUGUGUGUGUCACACGCUGCGCAGACAGCAUCAAUGACAACAAGCAUACCCAAGAUACUCGUGACAUUGGAGAAGAGGGUUGCAGGGACGAUGCAGGGAAAGCAUCUGACAAGGAGUGUGAGUUGAGUGAGUGUGAGCAUGUGUUCGGUGAAAAGGAUUGUGCUGAGAAUACAUUGUAUAAGAAUGUUGAGGAGAGUGUGUUUGCAGAAGAGACUGUGGCUGAGAAUGGUAUGACGAGCACAUGUGAAAGUGAUAAAGGGAGUGUGUCAAACAAAGAGCGAGUGGUGUUGGUGGAGAAGAAGGGCUGCGCCACAGUGGUGAUGUAUCCAGAACGCCAUAUGGCUCACGUCUUUUUGGCUGAUGGAACUGUCAUCACUGGGAACAACCAAGGAGCCUAUGAGGUGUUCCCAUUGAAUGUGGGGCUCCUGCACAUUCAAAGUGAUGGGAAGUGUGUGUACUCGUCUGAUCCACUUGUGACCCCAAGUCCAAAAGGUGGCACUCCCACAAACCAACCAGGAAGCUACAUCUUGAGUCACACAGACAAAGUUGCCUGUGAUGUUAUAGACCCCGAUGGGAACCACUUUCAGGUGAUGGAGGACGGGCAGGUAUCAGUGCUGAACUUCAGUCCUGCUUCAAGCACAAUGAAACAUGAUGAGGAAGAGCCAGAAGAGGAGGACAGAGAAGUGACCAGGCUUCAUGUAAAACACAGAGAACAUUGUCCCAGGCUGUUUCUGGUACACGAGGAUGGCUCAGGUACUGAACUGCUGAGCUCUCAAACUGUAGAGGAGCUGCUCUACCAGGCGUACUCUGACCCUACCAUAGCACUGCUGAAGGAACCCCUGCCAGACACACAAGAUGAAUUUGGCAUUACAAUCCUAAAGCCCAGUCACCAGAGUGUGUGGUCCCAGUGGUUGCUAGGGAAACAGAACCCUGAUAUUACCCCUCCCAACCUCAGAAACCGCAGCUGGCAUGACUUCCCCUCUGUAGAGAAGAAGAGCCCGGGUCCUCAAUUUGGUACCAACAUGGGACGAGGUUUGACUCUGAGAGAGAAGUCUGGUGGUUGUGAAGAACAGCACCAACCUGUCAGGACCUGCCCUAAAGUCCUCGAGAUGAGGGAACUGUACCAGCACCGACCAUUCACCAGGCUGCUCAAAAAUAAUAUAGACACACGGCUGAAGGAAUACAUAGAGAGUUUGAUGGAGAGGGAGCAGCGAUCAGAGGAGAUGAAGGUUAAAGACCCUCGCACUGAGGAAGAGAGUGCCCAAGCCAGUGAUCUGCUCAAUUUGGUCCUGUCUUUCGCAGAGGAAGAGGAUGCAGAUCACAUCUUUGACAAGACCUCAGUGGACAUAGGCAGUUUGUACAGCCGAGGUGUUGGAGCCCAAGUUGAGCAGUCAGAUGUUUCAGAAGUAACAGCAACUGUAGCUAGUGACAGCAUCACUAAUGGAAAAGAGUCAAAAUGGACAGUAAAACGCGCACAAUACAGGCUGGAGCUCUGUGAGGAGAAGGUUUGUAGCAUGGCUCUAACAAGGAAGAACAUUGUUCCUUAUUUCCACCCAGAAAAUAUUCCAAUAUACCAGAAUCUGCUCCAGCACCAAACACCAGACAUGAGGAGACUAUCCAUGGAUCUUCCUCCGAUCCCCAGGUCAGACAGUGCUGAGACCUUCCUCAAAGAUGCCCCACAAGAGAACACCCCACGACCUUUAAACCCAACACCCUCUCAGUCAGCAAGUCAUGCAGCAGGAAGUGACAGGAUGCCUGAGAUGAGACCUACUAACCCCACACCUCAGACUGCCGGUGAAAUCAGUCUGAGGGGUUCAUCGGGGCCUUAUAAGUCAGUCCAGGUGGAUGUGACAGGGAAGCCUAGGAGGGCUAAAGUCAGACUACCAACCUCCAUCCUCAGUUCUAAACCCUGCAGUGUACCAAAUCAACAGUUCCUAUCAGUGGAAGAGCCAGUGAGGAGGAAGUGUCGUACAAUUUCACAGACUUAUCCAAAUGUUGUAGUGAGGGGCUUCCAGCUCCUCCCGCCCAGCGUGGACUUUGGCACACUGCAGGAGGGCACCUCCUCUGCCAUUACUGUGGUGAUGAAGAAUGUGGGUGUUGACUCCUGCAGGUUCCAUGUGAAACAGCCUCCCCCAACUACAGGCCUCCGGGUCAUCUACAACCCAGGGCCUGUGGCUGCUGGUUUGCAGGUUGAACUGCAGGUUGAACUGUUUGCCAUGUGUGCAGCCCAAGCAGGAGAGGUAGAGCCAAAAAAAUACAUCUCUCAGGAUAUUGUCAUCCACACGGAAACAGAUAUCUUCUACCUGCCUGUCACUGCUACCAUCCUUCAUGAGAGGUUAUAUGAAAUUUGGCUCAAGGACCACACCAGUGUACACAAAAAGAAAGGCUCCAGAGUACCUGAAUUGUCUUCCAGCUUACCGGUUGGCCAGGGAGUCAUACACAGAUGAACCAAUCCCCUCCUGCCCAGUCCGGCAGCAAAAACAGGACAUCCUACUGGCACUACUAGUCACCAGGAAUACACAAAACCAUCAUCUUCAAUCAGUUGUCACAUUAUUCAAGUCUUUGUCCAAUUAUCGCCAUACCACAUUCCUUUAUUUUAUUCCUCACAAACCAAAUAUUUUGAUGGAUUUUGAUAUUUUCUUUAAAAUAAAACCUUUAUUAAUACACGG